UAGGAAAGCUUUCCCUGUUGUACAUUCUAGCUUGGUGACUGGAGUUAAUGCUUCACAGGAAUUCCAUGCUAACUAUAUGACUUUAAGCAAAAGCUCAAAAAUACAUUCAAUUCUUAAAGCUUUAAGUAUUUGUCACCUAACAGUGCUAGUCAUUUACAUAUCAUUGCCUGUGGGAGCUAUGUGAAACACGUGGCCUUGAAGAAGCAUACUUGUGCUUCACACAGUAAAACACAUUGUAAAUCGGUAUUCUCUGCACCUUUGUGGGGUGAUGGUUUGCAGGAGGACACUGUCCCUAUAGGGAGAGCCGUGGAGAUGAGGACACAGUGCUGUGUGUGACAGCGGACUGCAGGUCACAAUGGACAGCAAAGGCUUAAAGGCAGCCUGUGAGGGGCUGCAGUUGAGACCAAGGUGGAGGUUCGGGCAGGACGUGCAGUGGUCUUAAUGAAAGACAGACACGGGUAGCAACACGACACUAUGGCAGGGCAGUGCCCAGAGCAGCCACAUGCUGCCCAUGUUCCACGGCUCCAAGGGGAAGCUGCAGCGGCAGCUGCGCAAGGGCGAGUUCGCCAUGUUCAAGCACAGCCCCAUGUUUGAGAGCGACUUCAUCCAGAUCAGCAAAAGAGGAGAAGUGAUCGAUGUGCACAACAGUGUGCAAAUGGUCACUCUGGGCAUCGCAUACACCAGUCCCAACCUCGUAAUACCUGAUGUCAUGCUGCUGGCACGACCGGCUGUCGGCUGCACAAUCGAUGCCAAACAUGACCUACACACCCAGGGAAGGGCACUCAAGUCAGCCAAGAGCUUGGAGCUGACCAGGCUGCUUCCUCUGAAGUUUGUCAAGUUGUCUGUCUAUAGUCAUGAGAACAAACAGCUCCACUUGAAGCUGGCCACUGGCCUCUCCUUUUACCUACAAUUAUGCCCUGCUUCAGAUGCAAAAGGAGAUCUGUUUGCACACUGGGAAGACCUGGUGUUCUCCCUGAGACCGCCCGUGGAGGCUUACAGCAGUACCCACGCCGUACCGGCUUGUGGCAUGAUGGACCUGCCUGGGUUGGAGGCAGAGGACAGGAAGAGCCCAGUGGCCAUGGAGCUCCACGGAGAAGGGGACCAAGACCAAGUCAGUGUCAGAAGCCUUCCCAUGGUCGCUGAGGUGUCUGGGGCCACCUCUCUUGCUCAUGCUGGUGGGGAAGGAGUCCAACAACACGCUUCACGCAAAUACUCUGUGCUCAGUGUGAGCGUGGAUGCAGGAGAGGAGACAGCCAGCAGCCCUGUAACAGAGACCGUGGAAGGUCACGGAGACGGACCCUUCCUGUCAGCCUGACCGAGAGAAGGCAAUAUAAGUGAUCAGAAUGGAGCCCAGAGAGUCUCCCAACACCAGGCUGAUGCCCUCAGGAAGGGAAAGGAAAAGGAGAAAACUCCCACCAAUAGGCUCUCCCAUUCCGGCAGGAAGUGGCAGGGCAAGUUGAUCCCAAGAUCCCUGGAACCACUCGGGGGCAGAACAGGAGAACCACCAGAGCAGCCCAGGUACCCGAGGACGUGGCUCCACCCCCCAGGAACACAACAGCCUUGGCAUCACCUGAAAGGGGUCUAGAUUAUCUCAAAAAUCAAGGAGGAUCUGAUCUAGAGCUAGUUCUGGGGGUGGGAGCAUAAUCCAGAGAUCCCUUCCCUUGCCGCUGCCCAUUCUGCAGAUCUCCCGAGACUACUAGGAGGGAACACUCUAGUCAUUCACGGAACCUGUGGGUAUCAGCUAGAAUGGAUCUCCAAUGUUACGAUCCACCCAUCCAUUUCAGGACGGGGAAACAAUGCCUGCUACAUGCUUUAAAAAUAAAGAAUUUAUAAAUUGGCCUGUUAUGGGCUCAAAGAAAUUCCAUUUUGGCUCCCUUCUUCCUGAGCUAAGUUGAAGUGGGCACUGAUUCCUAGUACAUGCUUGUGUUAUUUGGGCAAGAACAUCAAGAUGCCCAAAGAGUUUGGUGUGUCUGGUGCAUCCAACUGCCUGUACGUUGAGCUUGCCAGUGUGUGUGACAAGUGCCUAUGUCUUAAGUAUUGCGCGCUGUGUGUCUAUAAUUUGUGUCCAGAGGGUUCAGUGACUUUGAAAUGGUCCGUUUAUCUAUAGCACUUGCUUUUUCAAAAUGGUGCUUGUCUGGCACAAUUGUGUGUUUGAAGGAGUAAAUCUGUCUUGGUUAUUAGUAUGUACAGAG